GCUCCUUAGUUUUGUUUCUUCAAGUAAUCCAACACAAACCCUCUGCUCUCUCCAACCAUGAAUGACACAGUAGACAAGCUAGUCAUCUUCCUAGCAAAGAGAGAUGGCAUAGACAAGCUUGUCAAGACGUUCCAAUAUGUCUCCAAGCUUGUGCACUGGCAUGUCGAGUCCACUAACCCGAAGAUGGCCGAGAGGUUCAAGCAGUGGGAGGUUUCGUCUGGCCUUAGCCGAAAGGCUUUUCGGACUGGAAGGUUUCUCACUGGAUUCAACGCAAUGAGACGUAGCCCUGGCUCAACGCCGACUCUUAGGUUCUUGGCUGUUCUUGCUAAUGCUGGUGAGAUGAUAUACUUCUUUUUUGACCAUUUUCUUUGGUUGUCAAAAAUUGGGACUUUAGACCCAAGUUUGGCUAGAAAGAUGAGCUUCAUAUCCGCAUUUGGUGAGUCCUUUGGGUACAUUUUCUUCAUUGUGUCUGAUUUUAUCGCGCUAAAAGAAGGGCUCGAGCAAGAGAGGAAGGUUAUGAGUUUGGAGGACAAGUCCAUUGAGAAGAAGAAUGAGAGCUUAAGAAAGAUUAGAAGUGACAGGGUGAUGAGGCUAAUGGCUGUGGCAGCUAAUGUUGCAGACUUGUUUAUUGCACUUGCUGAUAUCGAGCCUAAUCCAUUCUGCAACCACACUGUCACUCUUGGUAUCAGUGGAUUGGUCUCUGCUUGGUCCGGCUGGUAUAGAAAUUGGCCCUCAUAAGACUCCCACCAUAGCCGAGUAAAACCGAGCUAGCUGAGCUUUGAAAAUGCAAACUGUAACUGUGAAAUUUCUUGGUGUUUUUUGUGUUCAAAGU